AUGUACUUCCCCUUUUUAGGCAGAUUAUCAAUAACGGAUUAUAUCAUAGUCGUCUUAGUGUACAUCGAAAGCAUUAUCUCAUCAGUCCUUAAACUUAUACCACAACCAAUGAUUAACCUUUUCGAAUGGCUGAUAAACUUCUCAACGUGCUCCGAUGACAAUACCAUCGAAGAAAAGUUAAGGGCAGCUCCAACUAUUCAUGAAAUGUGUGCAAUUUUUGAUAUAUCUGUUGAAGAUCAUUUAGUAAGAACUGAAGAUAAUUACAUCUUGACAUUGCAUAGAAUCCCACCAAUUUCUAAAAACAGGUUUAAUAAUAAGGUGGUCUACUUACAUCACGGUCUUUUAAUGUGUUCUGAUGUUUGGUGUUGUAAUAUUGAGAGACAUAAAAACUUGCCGUUUGUGUUGCAUGAUUUGGGUUACGACGUCUGGAUGGGUAAUAAUAGAGGUAAUAAAUACUCAACUGCUCACUUGAAUAAACCACCAAAAUCGAACAAGUUUUGGGAUUUUUCUAUUGACGAAUUUGCGUUUUUUGAUAUUCCAAACUCGAUUGAGUUCAUCUUAGAUAUAACAAAAGUGGACAGGGUCAUUUGCAUUGGAUUUUCCCAGGGUUCUGCCCAAAUGUUUGCAGCAUUUUCGUUAAGUGAAAAGCUGAAUCGAAAAGUUUCUCAUUUUAUAGCUAUUGCCCCUGCUAUGACCCCAAGGGGCCUGCACAACAGAAUUGUUGAUACUUUGGCAAAAUCAUCGCCCGGUUUUAUGUAUCUUUUCUUCGGUAGGAAAAUUGUAUUACCUUCCGCUGUCAUUUGGCAAAGAACUUUACAUCCAACACUUUUCAAUUUGUGUAUCGAUAUUGCAAACAAGAUUCUCUUCAAUUGGAAAUCCUUUAACAUUCUACCGAGACAAAAAAUUGCUUCUUACGCAAAACUUUAUUCAACCACCAGUGUAAAAUCUAUCGUUCAUUGGUUCCAAAUAUUAAGAUCUCAAAAAUUUCAAAUGUUUGAAGAGUCUGAUAAUAUGCUGAAUUCUUUGACUAGGCCUUACCAAAUUGCUAAUUUUCCCACUAGGACAAAUAUAAAAAUCCCCAUUCUUUUAAUUUAUGGUGGCAUAGAUUCUUUGGUCGAUAUUGAUGUGAUGAAAAAAAAUUUACCUUUCAACUCCGUUUUUGAUGUAAAGGUCGAUAAUUACGAACAUCUAGACUUGAUUUGGGGUAAAGAUGCUGAUACAUUAGUUAUCGCUAAAGUCUUAAGAUUUAUCGAAUUUUUCAACCCUGGAAAUGUUUCAUUGAAGACUAACCAGUUACUACCAUCUGCAAGUCUGGUUGAGGAAUUGCCAAGCACGACAUGGAAGACAUCUCACCCAACGCAUGGUCUCAGCUAUAAAACUCAUUCAGCAGAUCGUUCUCCGUUGUCUGUACAGGCUGAUGAAGUGAACGAAAACAUUAAUAGUGACAAUGCCAGGUUCUUGAGACGAGUGUUCUCUACUAGUGCUAUAGACGAGGACAACGGAAACGACCACCAAGAUGAUACGGAAGAUGAAAUCCACAAGGAGCAGCAAAGACGACUAAGUGCUUAUUUGGAAUCAUCCAACGAUUUACGACAACUUGAUGCUAACUCUUCAGCUACCGCCCUAGAUGGUUUAAAUAAAGAAUGA